AUGGGUUGGUUCGGAGGAAAUAGUGCUCCUAUCAAAAUAAGUGCUGUUACAGAGAGUCCAGAUCCAUCCAAACAGCCACAACAGUAUCUUGAAGACUUACCACCAAAGUUUGAAGAUAAUGGAGUUGCUAACCAAGGUCAAGGACAAGGUCAGAAUUCCCAGAAUGCAGGUGUUUGGGAAGCAGCUAUGGAUCAGUUUAAAUGGUCAGAUUUCACUGUGGAUCGGUUUGUGGGUAUGCCAUGUUUUAGAGAAGCCAUGCUCACUGGAUUUCAAGCUAUGGGUGUUUUAGGUGUAGUGACGUUCUUAAUUCACAAGAAUCCUAGUCGUUCCUUGAAUUGGUCUAUUGGGGGGUUUUUCCUCGGGAAUGUUGUUGGAUGGGAGCAGUGCCGUUCUAUUCGCAGAAGAUCUUUUGAAACGGUCGAGAAGGCCAGGCAACGUAAGGAAGAAAGCAAUGCUAAAAAGCUUUCAUUGAGUCAAGAUGUAGAAGAUCUUCUGUUGAAGAAAUUUAAUGAGGUUCAAAAUCAUGAUUCCAGUGCUAAAUAA